AGCGCUCGGAGUUGGUGGCGCCGCUUGUCCGAACGCUGCGCGCUGGCUGUCCGCCUGUCCGCUCGGAGUUCUUUCUUUCUCUCGGAAGUCCCACGCGGCCUUUCCUCAUACUCAUCCUGAGGGAACCAUGUCCAGACUCAGCUGGGGAUACUGCGAACACAACGGCCCUAUUCAUUGGAGUGAACUUUUUCCAAUUGCUGAUGGUGAUCACCAAUCUCCGAUUGAGAUUAAUACCAAAGAAGUGAAAUAUGAUUCUUCUCUCCAGCCUCUCAGUAUCAAGUAUGAUCCAACUUCAGCUAAAAUAAUCAGCAAUAGUGGUCAUUCCUUCAAUGUGGACUUUGAUGAUUCAGAAGACAAAUCAGUUCUGAGAGGAGGUCCCCUCACUGGAAUUUACAGACUACGGCAAUUUCACCUUCAUUGGGGCUCCACUGACGAUCAGGGCUCUGAGCAUGCAGUAGAUGGAAUGAAAUAUGCAGCAGAGCUCCAUGUGGUUCACUGGAAUUCAGACAAGUACCCCAGCUUUGUUGAGGCAGCUCAUGAACCUGAUGGAUUGGCUGUUUUAGGUAUUUUUUUACAAAUUGGUGAACAUAAUCUACAACUGCAGAAAAUUACUGAUAUUUUGGACUCCAUUAAGGAAAAGGGUAAACAAAUCCGUUUCACCAAUUUUGAUCCAACAACUCUACUUCCUCCAUCGUGGGACUACUGGACAUACCCAGGCUCCCUUACAGUUCCACCUCUUUUGGAGAGUGUCACUUGGAUAGUUUUAAAGCAGCCUAUAAAUAUCAGCUCUCAACAGCUAGCCAAAUUCCGAAGUCUUCUGUACACUGCAGAGGGUGAGGCAGCUGCCUUCUUGUUGAGCAACCACCGUCCACCACAACCUCUGAAGGGCCGGAAAGUGAGAGCCUCGUUCCGCUAAAAGUUUUCCCUGAAAAUAACUGAAACACAUAGAUAGGACUGUGGAAGGGUCUUUUUUAAAUUCACCCAGAGUGAUUUGCUUGAAACCUUAUUUAGUUUAUGGGCAUGACAUUUUGAAGACUGAAGUCCUGAAUUUAUUCAUGAUGAAAGAACACUUCUUUUAAUCGUUAGUGCAAAAUGUAAUUUGGUCACCCCAGAUUAGCAUGUUAGCACAUAUGCAUUAAAUGUUGUUUGUCUUGUCUCAGACUGUGAAAUUACCUUCAUGUCCAUUGGUGAGAAAGUAUCCUGAACAAUACGCCUUGCCAGGGAAGCCAAAUUGCUCACUUCUCUUAAGGAAUUUCUAGUUAAAAACUGAAUUUUGUCUUUAAUGUUAGUAGGAUUUUACUAGUCCUAAUACCAAUGAAUCUGUUUAGCCAAUUAAUUGAGAGUUUUUAAAUUGUAACCUGUGGAUGCUGUCUCUUUUUAAAAUAAAUCUUUGUCUUAAUUGCCAAUUUA